GCGAAGCUACUGCCAAGUGAAGCAAGACAUCGCCAUUGACAGCCUAGUGACUCUAUCAAGAACGACUGCUGACGAGUAGGAUGUCAUUGUAGGGAUAACGAAUGGGAUGGCCAGUAAGUCACAUACCACGGGGCACGACGUGAUGGCAACCGGACGCAGAGGAAUGAAGAAGACGUUUGCAGAUAGGAGUAACGACGACGACGUUGAAAGACGUGGGAACAGACAGACAGGAGCAGGGGAGAGGGAGGGACAAGGGGGAAGAGGCGGCCUGGACAAAGACCAGGGGCGACAGGAGGAUUGCGAAAAAGGGGGGAAUAGCCGCAGAGGUGAAGAUCUCACAUCCGGAGGGAGCGGACAGAGGCAGGAGGGAGCGACCAGCGGAGUGAUCAAGGAAGUAGACAAGGGACAUGGAGUACUCUGGAUCGUAGCCGCGUGCGCUGCGUACGUGGAGAAGAAGGUCACGCACUAUAGGAUGCCAUUGCCAGUGGAGCAGGUGAUCGCUUUCGCGUUGUACAGAUGGGCGUCAGGAGAGACGUACGAGAGCAGCACGUCAGCCUUCGGCAUCGGCAGGGCAACUGGACUGCAGGCCGUCCGCGACGUCACUUCGGCGCUGCUACAGGCGUACCCCGACGCGAUAAAGUGGCCAGUGGGCCGUAGACGUGCGCAUAUUCAGCGCGCUUUUCGUGACAAGGGUUCCCCGAACUGCUUCGGCGCAAUCGACUGUACACACAUCUACAUUGACAAGCCCGCCGGCGCACUUUCGGAGAACUACUACAACCGCAAACAGAAGUUUUCCGUGCAGGCGCAGGUGGUGGUGGAUUUGGAUAUGCGGGUCCUCGACGUCCACGUCGGAUACCCGGAAAGUGUGCACGACGUCCGUGUCCUGCACAAUUCCCAGCUGUGGAGGCGUGCAGAAGUUGGCGAGCUGUUCGACGUACCUCCGGAGAAUCUGCCGCACGGUGUCGUCACGCGAGGUUACCUGCUAGGCGACAACAGUUAUCCAGUUGCUUGUCCAUGGAUCAUGCAGUCGUACGGAGGAAUCGACCAAGAUCCUGACGAGGAGCGCUUCGACAUGCGACAGAAGGUGGCGCGGGGGUGUGUGGAGAGGGCAUUCGGGCGACUGAAGUGCAUGUGGCGUUUGUUCUUGCGCACCCACAAGAUGAACCUGGAGGCCUUGCCACAACAAUUCGUGGCCGUAUGCACUCUCCACAACAUCCUCCUCGACGCGGGGAUCGACUUCGAUGAGAACCUUUUGUGGGAGGUGGAUGAGAACGGCGUUCGACGUAGAGUAGACUUGGGCAUUGUGGGGAACAGUGCGGGCGGGCGGCGGCGGAGCACGAACGUGCAAGGGGACUUGUUGCGGGAUGCACUUCAAGACCGCCUAGCUCUGAUGUAGGACUGUGCGGAGUGGGGAGGGGGGGUGAAGCGGGAGGACGUGGGUUGGUGCGAUCGGUAGGCGGGAGGAAUUGUGACGUGGCCCGUGUCCAUGGUCGUCAUGCGCGAAGUUGCUGGGUCGAUUGAAUGGCGGCAUGGUUGUCGUGGAUGAGUUCCUUUGUUGUUUUCAUUCUGUGGACGGUUGCGUGGGCCGCACAGUUGUGCGAACAUUUAAUAU